CUGGGCCUGCAGGGUUUGAACCCCGCCCCCCCAGGGGUGCAGAGUCACCCCGGUGGCCAGGCGAUACUCCGCUGCUCCCCCCGCGCUCUGGGGGCUCAGGCCUGCCGGGUCCCCCAGCGUGGGGGGGCGAAGGAGAGGGCUCGGGCUCCCCCGCAUCCUGAGGUGUAGCAAGGGGGGGCGAUGACGGCUCGGGCCCCCCACAUUCUCUGGGGUGUCUUGCUACGUGUAUUUGCAAUAUGAAUGAGAACCUAGCAGUACACCAUGUUAAAUUCCUCCUUCCUGAAUAAAAAGCGUUUAUGGAAGAUCCAGUACUUCAGUAUGAACCUCUGAAAAAUUUGCAACCACACAGUCUGCCAUAUCCAGAAACCUGCCCCUCUGCAGCUGGAGUGAAAAUUCUGAGUGUCUCAAAUUUGUACCUUUAAACAAGACAUUUCUCAUUCCUGGGCAUGGCAAUGUCAUAUGUCCUUCUCCUAACUAGACUCAUAGCUGAAGUUACAAGCAAAUCCACUGAAAGUUUGGUUUCACAGCCAGAAUGCUGUAUGGAUGUAUUGGAUGCUAACAGCACCUGUCCAGUCACUAACCAGUGCAGUCCAGGUUGUUACAGAGAGUGGAAUGAGGAUGGGAGUAGCAGUUGCAUUAAAUGCAAGAAUGAAACCACUUCUGUUGCGUCAACUUACAAUCUGACCGAUUGUAGAAAUACUGGUACCAGAGGAAUGAAUUUUCAUAUGAAUAUAAGUACCGUAACCCCCUUUCUACAGAAUAUAGGGGGCCCAGAAGUGGCAGCCUCUCUCAUUUUAGGGACAUUCUUCAUCAGUUUAUUCCUGAUACUGUCUGUGGCUUCAUUCUUCUACCUCAAACGUGCCAAUAAACUUCCAAAUAUGUUCUACAGAAGAAAUAAAGCAUCAGUUCUGCAGCCCAGUGAAACAGCGUCAAUGAUACCUCCACCUACUUCUUCAGUUCGAAAGCCACGCUACGUCAGACGAGAGCGAUCGUUAGUGAUGUCUGCAUCCGCUGCUAUGAUCCCUUCUGCUGAAACCAGGGUCAGCAAUGUUUAGCCUUCAAAACUUACCUGAGGACUCAGUAAAUAUGCACAGUGUUGGCGAAACUUUCUGUAGCCACUGGAAUGCCAGGAAAAUGUCAGGAGCAGCUGACCUAAAAACAAGCCGAGCCACUGUGUCAAAUGGGUUUGUGCCAAACGUGGACAGAGGAGUUGAACUAAUGCAAACAUGAUGAUUAUAGGAUAUAUCCAGUUCUGUGAACUGCUUUGAUGGGCUUGAAAAGCACUUUUCUAGCUCUGUGGUUUCAUUUGUCUCCUAACAGAAGCUAUGUUAAAAUCUGUAAAGAAUCUUCCUUUUUUGGAACACUUUCAGCUUUGGCAAGAUCAUUUUCCUGCAUUGUGGUCAGCUGUCUGGCUGUAGAGCAGAAGUCCUCAGUGCAGCAGGCCGAAACGGAUUUUUCGAGGUGGGCUUGUUUAAAGGACACGUUUGUAAAUGUUAACUCUUAAGUGCCAUGGCUUUAAUGCUGCAGGAAAAUACAAAUGUAUUUUACAUGAAGUAUCUCAAUGCAAAAAUUGAUGCCUUCAGAAGCAUCUUCUUCAGCUUCUUAGUCAUAGAGGACCAUGGUUUUUAACUGUAGGUUUAGACCCACCUAUGUCCAGAUAUUGUCAUCAUAAGGGCUGCUGAAGACUGUGGUCAGUAUGGGUCUGAUCCAAAGCCCAUGAAGUUGAUGGAAGUUUCUCUAGUGAAUUUCAUGGACUUUUAGGUCAGGCCCUACGUGAGGAUCCAUUUGCUGUGGCUUUGUAGUUGAUAAGCUGCUAUUUCUGCCCCACUGAGACACCCAGCCUUCCCUCAUUCCAGCAUUUCAUGAGGGUGGCUGUUGCGGUCUAAAGGAAGGCACACUCUCUAAGCUAGGUUGAGCCACCCUGAGCACUUACACACAUUGAUUUCAACUGGAGUUGUAUUGGGAAUUCUCACCAACACAAGUAAGGGUUUCCCCAAUCUAAUCCUCCAUGCACAUAAGGCCUACAGAUCAGCACCUUAGCCUUUGAGUUGCCCCACACACCACCUGCCUUUGUUUAAACCUCACUACCACAGUGUGUUCUGUAGAGGAAAUGUCUUGUGGAUUUUUGUCACCAGCAGUGGUAGCCAUCAUGAUUUCAAGAACACAACAAUUUAUUCUUAUCUUUAAAAAUGCUAAAGUAGCUGUCUCUGGCCAAUGUGACACCAGUGUGGAGAGUGUAAACCUCAUGAUUCAGAUACCCUCUCUGCCUCCGGCCAGAGGCGUGUUCAAAGCUAAAGAGUAAGGUUUGGGUUGGGGGCUAGGAAGAGCUACUAGUCUUUUUUUUAUUAGAUAUCUAUUUUAUGCACAUUUUAAUGCAGUGUAAACUGUCUGCAUUUCUUUCCUGCGAAUGGAACCUCCCAUUUUGCAGCUUUCCUCCAGUGAGUUCAAAGACAGUGGGGCUAAAGAGGAAACUAUGAAGGAGCAGGGCCUGCUAGCCACACACAUUGAAUCACUAUAUGUAAAACUUUGACUCCCCUGUUUGAUUAAAUCCAACCUAGUUUUAAUUGCUAUUUUUUUCUGUCUGCUAAAACUUAACAGCCACAGUAAGUCAGGCCGUUUGAGAGGGGAAGCUUCCAUUCUUGAGUACUGUAUGUGUAUCGUUUGUCUAUUCCCAAACCAGGAGGUAGGAGUUUUGCCAGAGUUACUUUCUAUGUCUGUUCUCUAUGUAUCAAUAGGAUUUACCUCUGAUACAAAUGACAUUUUGAGGUGGUAGGAAGACAUAGGGGCUAUGAACUGACAAAGUGUCGGAAACAACUUAACUUUAUAGGAGAAAGAAGUAACUAUGCAAUGAUACAAUGCUUAUGAAUCUGUCAAUGAAACUGCAUCCAUGCAUGGCAUAGUUGCUCAUCAAUUCUUUCCAUACAUAAAUCAUUGAUGGGUCAUUCUCUCCAUUGCUGUGUGGGGACUGUCACUGGCCCAUGUCACUGCUACAUGUCUGUAUCUGUCUGAUGAACCCUGUCUGACCCUCAAGUGCGUCACUAUAACAGUUUAGUGCCAAGUAUCGGAUGCUUCAUCCCCCUUCCCCCAUCCCCAAGACAGAGUUCAGGUUUCUCAGUGCUAAUGUCGCUUUCUGUCAAACUUUUCAAACACAGCAAACUUUAUUCCCAUGGGCUUUGUAGUUUGCUCAGAUCACAUUAAUGCUGUCUGACCUAACUGGAUUCCUGGAUAGAACCUACUUAGGGUUUUUUUUGCACUGUCACGUUAAAUGCAUACUGUUGUUUUCUCCCCCACACAGCUGGCUUUAUUGAACACUUGAUGACUGAGUCUUGAGCUAUAAAUGAUUAAUUCAAGGAGAAAGGAUUGAUAUUUAAUGUGCCGGGGUAUUUUUAAAUUGUGCCAAAAUAAACACCUUUCAGCUUUUUUUAACUAUUGUUGAGGUCAUGGAUGUAUUUCCUUUCUAAGCACAGGAAGAAAGGGGCAAACUUAGCACAAGAAACAAAUCACUGAUCCAUCUCACUUGGCGUGUUGCCUCUUCCACAGCUCAGGUUUCAGGAGAAAGUAAAAAUGUCCAUAAGUCUCCUGUCCAAUUAUGCAAUAUGAUAGCAGGGCAAUAAGAGGGGAGAGGAGCAGAAUUCCUUGAUGAUUGCAGAGAAUCUGUUUGCCUCUGGAAGCACUUAAACGUGUCCCCUUUAACUUGUUUAUCAUUAUAAAUGCUCAUUUACAAGGAUCUAAAGCAAGGAAUAUAUCACCCUUUAUGCCUGAAUUCAGAGGUGAUGGGCCAAAUUUUCUACUGGCAAUAACUCCACUGAAGUCAGUGUAGUUAUGGUAGAUGAGAAUUUGGUCUAAAGUAAAUGGUUGUUUAAAAUUCACAUCACUGAGUUGACAUAAGGUUGUGUGGAUCUUGUACUAAAGAGACAGAAGAGGGUAGCAAGAAGAAAUCUAACACAAUGAGGCUGUCAGGUAAAGUAGACCCUUCCACACACGAAAGUGGUGUAGUGUAACACUUGUAAAUCUGAACAAUAAGUUCUCUUUAGCUAUAAUCAAACUCUUACAGACCUCUAAUCCCUUCAUAGUAAAGCGUUUCUUUCUGAAAGGAGUUUGAUGCAGUAGAUAGGAUGUUCUUUAUUGUAAACAGAAAGCUAUGUUUUGUGUUCUUCAAAUUUACUUUGUAAAAUAUUCAGGGUAAUUGUGAGAGCUGAGCACAAUCAGCUACAUGUGGUUAAAUAAAUACAAAGGUAUUUGCUCUUCCAGAAAGCCAGCAAAAGUAAGAGUUGAGCAGUGAUCCUAUACAUGGGAAAUAUGCUAUUUUCAGCAAAGUAUAUGUAGGAGCAAGGACAAGCCAAAAGCCUUUGUACCUACUAUAUGGGCACUGGGAAAAUCCCCAAAUAGUGUUAUCAGAGCAAGGAGGAGAGUGCAAUGUAUAAAAAGAUACAGGCCAUGCAAAUGAUCCCCAUGGAGAGGAAACUUGAAAAGUGCUUUGUCAGUUAACUGGACUCUGAGCCAAAGCACAGGCCAAAACAGAACAACCUUCUUGAAGAUGAAGUGGUCAGUGCCCGAGCUGUUAGCCACUUGACUGAAUUCAAGAGAUGGAACAGGAAGUGAACUGAGGAGAGUAGGAGCUAAGUAAGUGUACAACACCAGAGAACAGUUUGAGGCAGCGUAUAGUGCAUACCGGAGAGGGGCUGUCUCUUUUCUAAGAUAUUCAUGCCAUAAGCUGAAGGUGAGUGCACACUAUAUUGAGGAGAGUAUGAUGGACCAUCACUUUUUGGACAAUGCAUAUAAAACAUUGGAUUACUAAAAUCUGAUACCCAAUUAUAUACUCUUUUUAAAAUGCUGGUGUUGGCAUUCUGCUGCUUUCGACUGAGUAACUGAUGCAGAAAUGACAUUGCCCUCAGCUAGACAAGUACAGCAGCAGUUCUUCACUGUAUUUCUAGUGUCUGUAAAUUUGUCUGGGCAGCUAACUGUGGUUAGGACUCCUCCCCUUCUUGGCCCUGCCAUAAAUGACUUGGAUUGGAGCCCAAAUUGAGGCUGGACCUAGAUUUUGGGAAACUAACUGUCCUGAGAUUGCCUCUUGAGCCUUUCUUGCACUCAUUCCUUCCAGGGAAAGUUUCCCCAGGGAGUAUCUCUUGGAAAUGUACACAGAGUCUUAAGGGAAUUCUACAACUUCCUUAUGAUAAACUCAGGGACAGGAGGAAGUCAUCACGAAAAAGAAAUCAAUAGAGUGUGAGAGAAGUGGUGUGGGUGUGCGGAGGGAGAUAAAAGACAGUGUUUCUUUGCAGGCAAAUGGCUUAGCUAAGGCUUAUCACUUGCCCAUUCAUUCUUCUACGCAGCUACAAGGAAUGGGAUGGGGAGACAUCAAGCCAAUGCAGAAUGGCCCAACCCCCCUCCAUCCCAUUUAAGCCCCAGAUAAGGGCUGUGCAGGGAGUUUUAACCAGCUGAGUGGCCAUGUGAGACCCCCAGACAGGUACACCUUUUGUGCUGCAACAAAACUGUCUCCACAAUGAUACAGUCGUACCUGCUUAAACCAGAGGAUGAUUUAGUCCUGUCUUAGCAGUGCCAUGGGUAGAAGUGUGUUUUAAGGAACAUGCCUAGAGGCUCAAUUUUAUGUUGAAUUUUGCUUGCAUUCCUCUUGCCACAAGACACUGUCUAUUAGCAUGUAUAAAAGCUACUUUGCAUCUUUGUCAUUUAUUUUUAAUGCUCCCUGGGAAAGAAGAAAUGAAAUGGUGUCAACUUGAUCAUUUUACAAUCUGUGCCUUGCCAUAUUUUUUUAUUGGUAACUGACUGGAUGCAACAGCAUUCAGAUAAAUUCCAGUCUCUGAAAAAGCCUGAAUUACUGAAAUGCAGUUAUGUAUCUUUUCCCAAAGCACGUAGAGAAAACUGUUUUAAACAAUAAUUUUCAAUAUGAUAUAAUGCAACUCUCAAAGUUAUUUGCUACAAAGGAUUAGGAUUUCACCAUCACCCUGGCUUGAUUUUUUGGUAAUAGAACUAAUGUAGGAGGGUUUAGGCUGUAGACCUGUCAGUUUCAUUGUAUAAUGAGCAAUGUUUAUAAAUAGAUCAUAGGCUUUGUUGCAACCUCUCUUCCCUAUACCAUCAUACUCAUCACAUUAAAAUGUUCCCCUCUGUUUCACAACCUUAGUCCGUGUAAGACUGUAAUCCUUUGGAUUUACUUCCUAAAGGGCUAUAGCUGAUCCAGAACACUGCAAUACAAUCUGUCAGCUCUACAAAUUCCUAUGACCUCAUAGCUUGCGAUCCUGGUGACAUCAGUGUUGAUAAAGUUUUCAUUUCAAUCACUUCCUCUCUAAAAUAUACCACUACUUCACUGUCUUUUCAUGGCCAUGGCCCUGUUUCUAAAGUUAAUGUUACUCUCCACCACAAUCAAUCGCGCCCCCGACCAUCAUGUAUAUUCUGUUUCUUGGGCAUCAGAGCACUACAUGCCUCAGAAAUAGACUGGAGAGGGCUGGAGAUGGAACCUUUAUUUGUAGAACAGGCAGUCCCAGCCUUAUGAUAUGAAAUACUACUCUUCUACUGGGCGGAACUGUUGAUUCCAACCAGUUGUAUUUUCCUAAGUGCUUUGUGAGCCAUUUAAAUGAUACACAAACUAUUUUAAUCAGUACCUUAAAGUGAUACAAAAAUGUGUCUAGUAGUGGAUAUGCCAACACCACCAAAGUUUGUAGAUAAGUGUACAAAGGAAGGAAUUAUUGUUUGAUGGGCGUUUUACGUGUUAUAUCAUAAGCUACCAACAUGUAAAGUAUUAGGAAAUGAGCUGUAAUUAGUAAAGCCCAAGUCACUAGUUGGCUGAUGGCAGUUAAUGAGAAUCAGAGCCUUGCUUAGCAUCAGCGGCUGAUUCAAAUCCAGCCCAAAUCAUUAAUGACCACAAAUUGUUGCCAUGCCAUGACUUUGGCCUGUGUGAAAUGAGUUUGAGUCAGUUCCCCAAUGAGUAAGUGACCAUGUCACAAACCACUAUCAGAACCGGUACUCACUGGCCGAGCUGGCAGUCUUGACAGAGGCCCAAGAAUGAAUGAGCACACAGAGAGAACUUUCCUCCAGUUACUAAAGUUCAGAGUUGAGAAACUGGCAGAGCAACUUCUGCUCUGCUUGAUACUGAGUAGAUCAAUUCAGGGACUGACUUUCUUUCAUGUUGGUGUAAAUCAGGAAUAACAAUGGAAACCAGUGAAGCUACCCCAGUGUAAUAAUGGGAGAAGAGGUUCUGGCCCACAGGUUCCAGAGUUGUCAAUGCAGCCCCUUCCAUAACCACUAAAGUUGCAAGGACACUUUAAGACAAAUCCACAACCCAUUAUUAUAUCAACUUGAGCCUUUAGAUUUGUACAUUUUGGGAGGUAGGAGGUCUAUUUGUUCAGCACUUUUUUAUGCCUUGUAAAGCUCCAAUGCUUUAUAAAUAAAGUGCCCCAAACCAGUAUAGCAACUGUGU